UUAACUGAUCUGGUUAAAGGUCAUCUUUGUGACCGCAUUGUUACAUGUGCUGUUUAAGCCACGGGAAAUGGUGAGAGGGGAUAGUUUAGAAGAAAUCAGAAACUUCAACGUAAGCACAUCAUCCAGGUAAAUACCGAUCUGGUGUAGCUAUUGUAAAAUGCUCUCCAUUGUCCGCUGGAAAGCGCGCAGGGCGAUCAUACUCUCAUAAAAGUGACCUCUGUAAAGACAGGCAGAGACUCGGAAUCAGCAAAGUAAAUCAGCAUUUGAGAACUUCGUUCAAGUGUUGGUGCAGGGCGAGGGUGUCCAGGACUCACUCCGGAGUUUGAACUCUUUCCAAAUACAACGUAAUCAAAAGAACGAAGAGCGAAAUUAAAGCUUUCUUCUGACUCACGUUAGUAGUACAUUCGUACAGAGGAACAACAGCAGCUCCUGGGACUUCAUACAGUGAAAAAGGACAUGAAGUUGUUGAAGGAAAGGAUGAAGGAGACAUCACUUUAUUCAUCGCUGCCAUAUUAAUUUUAUUAAUUUGCAUUCGUUACUAUUUAAAGUCAAGUACAAAUCACAGACCAACUUCUGAAAAUCAGCCAUUCCAACGUUCGUCGCAAGACAUCAAAAGAAUGAGGUGGCUAAUUACAUCUGCCCUCUGGUUCGCGUUUAUGACAUCGUUUGAGCGAAGAACAGAAAUUGAUGUUGCAACCGCAAACGAUGAGAAAGGACAUGAAGCUACUGCAGGAAUGAAUGUAGCAAACAUUUUCUUGAUUGUUAUCAUCGUACCUUCCAUUCAAGGAAAUAUUCUCCUUAAUUUUCGUCACUACGCAAAGCAAAAAGAAAAUCAGAGAAACAGUUCUGAAGAAGGGUCUUUCAAGCAAUCGACGUCAAGAAAUGAAGUUGAAGAGAUCAAAAGAAUGAUGCGGCUAAUUACAACUGCCCUCUGGUUCGCGUUUACGACAUUGUUAGAGCGAGGAACAGAAAUGGAUGUUGCAACCGCAAACGAUGAGAAAGGACAUGAAGCUACUGCAGGAAUGAAUACAGCAAACAUCAUUUUCUUGAUUGUUAUCAUCGUACCUUCCAUUCAAGGAAAUAUUCUCCUUAAUUUUCGUCACUACGCAAAGCAAAACGAAAAUCAGAGAAACGUUUCUGAAGAAGGGUCUUUCAAGCAAUCGUCGUCAAGAAAUAAUGCUGAAGCUUCCGGGGUAAGGACUGAAACAGCUUUGAGUGUUCUGAAUACAGGCGUAAAAAAUAAUCCAGAAGAGAUCAAAAGAAUGAUGUGGCUAAUUACAAUUGAUCUCUGCUUCGUGUUUGCAACAUUGGUAUGUCUCGGAACACAAAUGGAUGUUGCAACCGCAAACAAUGAGAAAGGACAUGAAGCUACUGCAGGAAUGAAUGUAGCAAACAUUUUCUUGAUUGUUAUCAUCGUACCUUCCAUUCAAGGAAAUAUUCUCCUUAAUUUUCGUCACUAUGCAAAGCAAAAAGAAAAGCAGAGAAACGUUUCUGAAGAAGGGUCUUUCAAGCAAUCGUCGUCUAGAAAUGAUGCUGAAGGUACAAGCAGUGAAAUAACAGCACCAUUACCCUUUCUCGACCCGUUUACAGUCAUUAGCAGCCCUUCCACAACUAACUGGAACGUCAAAGGCGGUCCAUUUUGA